AUGGAAGACGCGAAGGAGCCGGUGAGAUGUUCGUCGUCGUUCAGCAUCAAAAGCCUCCUGCUGCCGUCCAAGUGCGAGGCUCGCGCGGCGGCGGCGGCGGCAAGCGAGAGGUCGCCCGGGGAGUCCCCGGGAGGGGCGGAGGGGGGCGACGAGCCGCCGCUGCCGCCGGUGCCGCGAGAGGGCGACGACUGCCAGGACGCCAAGACGGAAGAUUCUCAGGAGCCGGAGGUGGACGGCGGCGGAGGCGGCGCGUCGCCGAAGAAAGGCAAAUACGACAAGCCGCCGUUCUCGUACAACGCGCUGAUCAUGAUGGCCAUCCGCCAGAGCCCCGAGAAGCGGCUGACGCUCAACGGCAUCUACGAGUUCAUCAUGAAGAACUUCCCGUUCUACCGCGAGCACAAGCAGGGCUGGCAGAACUCCAUCCGCCACAACCUGAGCCUCAACAAGUGUUUCGUCAAGGUGCCGCGCCACUACGACGACCCGGGCAAGGGCAACUACUGGAUGCUGGACCCCAGCAGCGACGACGUCUUCAUCGGCGGCACCACCGGCAAGCUGCGCCGGCGCUCGGCCGCCUCGCGGGGCAAGCUGGCGGUCAAGCGCGGCCUGCGCUUUGCCCCGCUGGGCCUGGGGGGCUGCGGCGCCGGCGCCGGGGAUCGGCCGACAAACCCGCUCUACUGGCAGCUGUCGCCCUUCCUGUCGCUGCACCAUCCGCCGCAGCACGCGGCGCACUUCGACGGCCCUUCGCCCGCCUUCCUCGGGCGGGCGGCCGCUUACGGCUCGCUGCUGCCCGCCAACGGGGACCCGCACGCGGGGCGCCCGGUCCUGGCCGGCUCGUACGGCAGCGCGCUGGGCGCCUCGCCCGCUGGGCUGCUGGCGGCCCACGGCCCGGCGGCGGCGGGGGCUUACUUUGUGUCGGGGGGCCCGCCGCCGCCGCCGCCGCCGCCGCACUUGCAACAGUGCGGCGCCGGCUUCGGGGACGGCGGCGGCGGCGGCUGCAGCCCUCCCCCGCACGCGCUGCUCCAGGACUCGCUGAGGAGCGGCUCCGCGGCGGCCUUCUCGGCGUCGGGUUUCCCGGGCGUGCCGAGCCACCACAAGAGGGUCGCCCUCGCCCCCGACGCCUUCCUCAACUGAGGCUCGUCGUCGUCGUCGUCGUC